AUGAUCAAAUUUGCUGUAACAUGGCUAUCAGACAUUGCACCUAUGGUAAGGACAAUACUAGAAAGAAACAAGGAGUAUUUAAAUAACUAUAAUGUUCAAUGGAAUGGGGUGAAUGGUUUUGAGAUUAGUGAGGGGGAAUAUUCAUUUGUUGUUGACUUGGAGAAGAAGCAUUGUGACUGUAGGUUGUGGAUGUUGAGAGGUAUUCCUUGCCCUCAUGCUAUUUGUGCUUAUUAUUACUUGAAUCAAGAUCCUGAUCAACAUGUAGAGCACUGGUAUAAGAAGGAAACAUUUCUCAAGGCUUACAACCAUUUCAUCCAACCUAUUUCCAAUAUGAGGAUGUGUCCUGAAACUACAAAUCCAUCAAUAGAGCCUCCAAAACCAAGAAAAAUGCCAGGCAGACCUGGCAAGAAGAGAAGAAAGAGUAAGGAUGAGCCAAAAAAAUGGGGGAAACUUUCAAGAAAAUGA